GUCUUUUUCCACACAGAGAUUAGUUGUCUGCUCUUUUCUUAGCUUGUUUGCUUACUUCUAUGCAGUCAAGUAGUUAUUUGGGCUUUUAUUGACGUGCAGCUCGACAAAAAAAAAAAAAAAAUUAACGCGAUAGUUGAACUGCACGUAACAUACUGGCGUGUUGCCAGAUUUUUGUCACAAACCAAGCAACAUUUUGGAAAGCAAGAUUAAUCAUCAACAAUGGAGGUGCAAAGAAUCGUUCUUAAUUCCCGACCCGGCGCUAACAGGGUGCCAGUUCCUGAAAAUUUCCGCCUGGAGAGGGCGACUUUACCUCUUGACCUGAAAGAGGGAGAGGUUCUGUUCCGGACGGUUUUCCUGUCAGUGGACCCUUACAUGCGCUGCAGAAUGAAUGAAGAUACCGGAGUUGACUACCUGACUCCCUGGCAGGUGUUUGAGUGUUUGGACGGUGGUGGCGUGGGCGUGGUCGAGUCCAGCCGCUGCAGUGAAUAUGCUGUGGGAGACGUGGGAUAUUCUUUUAACUGGCCCUGGCAGACCCAUGCUGUUUUAAAGGGAAGCAUUUUGCAGAAGCUGGAUCCACAGAUGGUUGAUGGACGCCUGUCCUACGCUUUGGGUGCAGUUGGCUUAACAGGCCUCAGUGCAUUUCUGGGUAUCAGGGAGAAGGGUCAUAUUACCAAAGGGGCCAAUCAGACCAUGGUCGUAAGCGGUGCAGCCGGUGCAUGUGGUUCCAUAGCUGGACAGAUUGGUCGGUUGGAUGGUUGCGUGAGGGUGGUUGGGAUCUGUGGUUCUGAGGAGAAGUGUAAAGUUUUAGUGGAUGAUUUGGGCCUCUCUGCAGCCAUCAACUAUCGGCAAGAUGACAUCCCCACGAGACUGAAGGAGUGCUGCCCUGAUGGCAUCGAUGUUUACUUUGACAAUGUGGGAGGACCCAUCAGUGAUACUGUAAUAAAACAGAUGAACAACGGGAGUCACGUGAUUCUGUUCGGGCAGAUCUCUCAGAGCAACAAGGAUUUGCCGUACCCUCCGCCACUGAGUGAUGAGACACAGGAAACUCUGCAACGUAAGAACAUCACUCGGGAACGUUUCACGGUGAUUAACUACAUGGACAAAGCCGAGGCAGCUCUCCUUCAGCUCAGCCACUGGGUUAAAUCAGGUGAACUCAAGGUGUUAGAAAGUGUCAUAAACGGCAUUGAAAAUAUGGGAGUGGCGUUUUGCUCAAUGAUGAAAGGGGGAAACAUUGGCAAGCAAAUUGUAAAGAUCUCAGAUUGAAGAAAAUCGUAGCUAGGUAACAGCAAAUUAAUCAACUGUUCUCCUUUUUAACACACACUCAAUGAAAAUUAGCACGGCGCAUGUGUUUGAUGGCACUUAUCAAUCAUCAACUGCAAUUUAGGAGCGAAAUUUUCAUAUUAAUCCUUUUGUGCUCUUGAGAAAACAAAAACAUAAGGUGCAUUUAACAUGAAGAAAUUGCUGCUGCAGCUCAAUAAAACUGAGUUGGAAUGUUUCA